AUGGUAGCUACUGCAACCGACCACGCGGUGCAGGAUCGGCGAGCAACUCAUGCAAAGCUUCCGAUGACAAAGCGAAGAUUGAAGGUGUUGAACGUCGAAGUCGACACCACUGAUGCAGGAUCAACUUCUUCAGAUGCAGAAUCAGGACGAUGCUCGAGUACCGCCGAAGUGUCACCUGCCCAGAUGGACCUGCUUUGGCCGGACAAGCCGCUGCCUCCGGGACAAAUCCAACGUGGACAGGAUUUACCACCGAGAUGUAGUCUGUUGCCUGGCCAAGUUUUUCGCAAUAAAGGUCCGAUGGACAAUCCCGGCAGCAUCCCAUGCAUGGUGAGCACGCCGGACAGCGCGCAGUCGUCGUCGCCCACAGAGUCCCUGGAGGCGGUGAGUCGGAAGGGACGUGGCCAGCCAGCCAUCCCCGGAUCGGUCCCUAGCAUCCCGACCAAACGAGGAGAUCCCGCGCGACAGAGACGAGGGCCUGCACAGCGCCCUGCGCCCACUCGAGCCGAGCUUGGUCAGCGUGAGGAGCACGAGUUGCUGGAACGUGCCGCUUCCCUCCGUCUUCCAUUGAAAGUGAAGCUGCCAGACGGUUUGCCACAGACUGCCCUGGACCAGUCAAUGCCAGCCAAGAAGAGACCAACUUUCUUUGCAGCGGUUGAUGCCAACCUCCCUAUCUUGGUCCAGGCGAAUACUGUGGAUCCUUUGAUGCCUCUGAAGAAGAACCUGACGGACUUUCUUUUGCAGCCCUGCUUCCUUGCAUGA